AGCAAAGAGACCAAAGGCCGUUUCAUACGCCAUGAGUAUAGCACUGAAACGACUAAACGAUCAAAAAUACUAGACAUAGACGUUUUACAUCUGGUCGCUGCAGACAAGAGGACAAAGAUGAGUAAGUGACUGCAGUUCUAAAAAGACUUGUGCAGAAAUGGCGGAUUUUCCUGGGAAGGUCAACACUCAGACCAGCUCCAGUGAAACUCAGACAAGUUAUGGAGUCCCAGCAAGGGUGGACAUGGACUUCAUCAAGAGCAUUCCUGGUAUCCUGCUUAUAGCUGAGAUUUUUGUUGGAUUACUGGUGUGGUCGCUGAUCGCCAGUACCGGCUUCACCUCAGUUCCUGCUUACGGCUGGGUGCUGUUUGUCAGCGUGACACUGUGGCUCCUCAGCAUCGCCCUGUUUGUCGUUCUGCUGUUGAGGUUUUAUCAGAAUCUACCUUCGGUGCCUUGGCCUUUAGUGCUCAUGGUGUUCUACGUAGUUGCAGCCGUUCUAUACGUGACUGCCUUUUUGGCUGAUGCGGUAACUGUCCCGCCCCAGUUUUUCCCCUGGCACGGUCAUCUGGGAGCUUCUGCGUUCUUUGCCAUAGUGGUGACUCUGUUAUAUGGAGCUAGCAGCUACUUUGCCUAUUUGGACUGGAGGGGUGAAGGGCAAAAUGCAGCGGCGAGUACAGUGCCCGUGUAGACCGUCCGAGUGACAACACAUAGAUAUUACUCAGAUUUUUUGGCGCUGUGAAAGUCCUCUUCAGGAACGUUCAACAACCCUUCUGUAUAAUGGUGCCCAGCAUAUUUGCUUGUUGUUUUAUAACAUGGACAUUGUGUGUGUAUGCUUAUGUGCAGCAGGCCUGGGGUCAGUCAGAUUUGUUUAAAGAAAGAAAUUCAUUAUUUUUCUCAGCAAGGAUGCAUUGAAUUGAUCAAAAGUGACAGUUAACACGCUUAAGUUUACAAAGGAUUUAAUAUUUUAAAAAAUACUGGGAUGGGAUGCGAUCGGGAAAGGUCCGGAAACUGGGAUGCGAAAUCGUGAUACCCGAAGUACAAUGGUGCUGUAUGUUGGCACACUGCCCACUGAGCUUUUAGCACCUAGACACUCUAUUCUUAAUUGCAAUAAUAUUUUACAAUUAUACUUUUUUUUGGUAUGUUUACGGUGGCCGAGAGAGCUUAAUGUGCAACAGCUUCUGAAAGCACCAUUGCAAAUGGAAAUGGAAAAAGCACCAUUAAAUCAAGAAAACUUAAUCAGUUAUACAAAUGCUUACAACACAAUGAAAUGUGCAAGUAGCACAGACUGCAAUAUAGUUACCCAAAGAAAAUGAAAAUGAACCACGUUUUUUGUUUUGUUUGGUAUGUUGAUUGCCAUUUGGAUAACUACAGUUGUACAAAUAACACGGUUAAACUAUGGUUAGUGUAGUAAACCCAUGGUAGAGCUUUAUAUAGUUAGCAUGGUUUAACUACAGUAUUGUAUUUAUAUAUUCAGUGUAUUAAUUAAUUAACUUUAAUAGUAAAAGCAUAGACUAAAGCUGUAAAAGUAAUUUGGCCAGGCUUUCACAAUUAAAGUAAUUUCUGUCAAAGUGCUGUCAAAUGAUUAACUGCAUCCAAAAUACUAAUAUAUAAAUACACACAUACAUUAUACAUAUAUUGCAAGUAUUUGCAUGUAUUUACAUUUAGAUAUUUAUAUUCAUAUAAUGUAUAUGUGAAUACGUUACAUAUAUAACCAUAACAUUUUUCUUAAAUUUAUACAUACAUGAGUGUGUAUUUACAAAUUCACUUAAUAAAUAUACAUACUAUGCAACCAAAAGUUUUAUUAUGAGUGCAUCUAAUUGUUUGACAGCAUAUAAACAUAUAUUUGUUUGUGUUGUGAGCAUUUGUAGCAUAUGUGUUGUCAAACUAUUUGCAGUGUGUUGAGCACACUAGGCCACCGUAUAUGUUUGAUCAAAUAAAUCCAGCCUGGGUAAGCAUUAAGCGAUAACAAAAACAAAAACAAAAAAAAAAAAAACUUACCAGCCCCAACAUUUAACAUCCUUUUUUUUUUCUAAGCUACACUGAAUGACUUGAGCAAAUAUGUAUUUAAUGGUGAGGUUCUUGCAUUACUUUAAAGUUGCUUAAUGCUUAAGAAUGCAAUUGACAGUUUUGAGCAUUAAAAUGUUUUGCUAAAAUAUAA